AUGGAGGAUUUUAAGACAGUAACUUAUAACAUCUUCACAGUAUGGCUGGCCAUGAUCUUCGUGCUGAUUUUAUUGCCUUCUAUAUUCAGGCUUUCUCUGGGUAUCUCUGAAGUGUACAUGAAAAUCCUGGUUAAAACAUUAGAGUGGGCAACCUUGAGGAUUCAAAAAGGAUUUGAACGUCAAAAGAAACUUCGAGCAUCCACUUCCAAUGUUAUAAUCCAGAGAGAUGAGUCGCCAAUGGAGACUGAGAUUGGGGGCCUGAGACAAUCGCGAAGUCAGUGCUUGCAGCAAGGAGACUUUGAACUGUCCAAUGUGUUCUAUUUCUCCAAGAAGGGGUUUUAA